AUGGCCGGUAAUGCAGCACAAAACCAAAACCUCCCUCAAGCUUCGCUCUAUGUUGGGGAUUUGCACCCUCUGGUUACGGAAUCAAUGCUAUAUGCCACUUUCUCCAAUAUAGGUCAAGUUCUGAGCGCCCGUGUGUGUCGUGAUGUCGCCCGUCAAUCAUCCCUGUGCUAUGGAUAUGUUAACUUCGAAAAUCCAAAAGAUGCUGAGCGAGCGCUGGAGAGUCUGAUAUACGAAAACAUUCUCGGUCGCCAAAUCCGUAUUAUGUGGUGCGUCAGGGACCCAUCUCUCCGUAAAUCAGGCCGUGGGAACAUUUUUAUUAAAAAUCUGGACAAAGGCAUUGCUCAAAAGGAUUUGUACGACACGUUUUCGCACUUUGGGAAAAUUUUGUCGUGCAAGAUCGCCAUUGACGAGUCUGGAAAUUCAAAGGGAUAUGGAUUUAUUCAUUUUGAGGACGAAGAGUGUGCCGAGUCGGCCAUAAAGGCAGUAAAUGGUAAAAUGAUAAACGACCGUAUCGUUUUCGUCGGGCCCUUCAUACCACGGAGUCAGCGCAAGGCCGCCACUGGGAAACCGAAAUUUAAUAACUGCUACGUGAAAAAUUUUAGCGCUGAGCUUACUGAUGAGGGUUUCAAGGAGAUUUUCUCCGAGUUUGGUGAAAUUAAGAGUGCCUGUAUAAUGCGUGAUGACGAGGGGAAGUCCAAAGGCUUUGGUUUUGUCUGCUUUAACGAUCCUGAUCAUGCGGAACAAGCUGUUAACACUCUUAAUGGCAAAGAGGUAAAUGGUCAGGUGCUCUACGUGAAUCGUGCCCAAAGAAAAGCAGAGCGUCAAGAGGUGUUACGUCAGCAAUUUGAGAAGCAGCGUAAUGAACGGAUUGCCAAAUACGCGGCUGGUAUUAAUCUAUAUGUUAAAAACUUGGAUGAUUCUAUUGAUGAUGCCCGUUUGAAAGAAGCUUUCGGCAAAUUUGGCAAGAUUACCAGCGCCAAAGUCAUGACCGAUGCAAAUGGUACCUCCAAAGGUUUUGGAUUCGUCUGUUUCACCUCACCUGAAGAGGCGAAAGAGGCGGCAAAAUUAAAUGGAACACUCUUGGGCUCAAAACCGCUCUAUGUCGCGCUUGCUCAGCGUCGCGAAGACCGACGAGCCAAACUUCUUGCUGAACAUCAACAGAGACUCCAGUACAGGCCCAAUGUCGCCAACAUCCCAGCAGCACAUGGUCUCCCGAGUUUCUUUGGUCAACCCCCGUUCAACCCAACUCAGAGGUUCUUCCAAACUGGAGCAACCUUAGCAUCGCAGCCUCGCUGGAAUCGCGGUAGUAUAACGGGACCUCAAGUUCAACUGGGUCACCCAGGGAUUGGUGCCACGCCUGCUUUAAGACCAACAGUGGGAGCCCCUUAUGUCGGUGGUUCGGGAGCUAUGACUGCAAUGGGACAAGGUCAACUAGCCCAAGGCGGCUUGGUUAAUCCUCAAUUCCGUGGUCAAACCGCCGGUCGUAGUAUGAUUUCGAACGCCUUACCAGCUUUGGGUGCUGGCGCGACUAAUGGUAUGGUUGCCGCCGGUGCCAGUGGACCUCAGCAGUACGGAGCCCAGCGGCCAAGUAUACCUGCGCAGAUUCUCGGCGCUGCAGGAGCUGUGCCCAGACCAACCAUGGCGGCUGUCACGGCUGGCAUUCGUCCAAAUCCUAUGAACCAAGCGGUUCGUUCUAUCGCCCAAUCCAACGUUGCUGUAGCCUCGCCAGCUGCGGCCACAGCUGCGGCAAAUGUAAGAUUCAAUCAAACAGCCAGAAAUGUAAUGGCACAACCUCAACCCCCACGCGCGAUGGUUUCCCCGGCUCGGUUAACGGUCAGCGAGCAGGUACAGUCCCAAUCUUCGAUACCAACUCAGCAGCACCAGCUGCAGACUCAGCAGGAGGAGGAGAAAAAGGAAGUUGAAGAUGGCUCUUCUUUGGACCUGACAUCAGAACAACUAGAUUAUCGGCAAAUUGUCGGAGAACAACUGUUUCUUAAAAUUGAAAAAACCCAUCCUACGAAUGCCGGAAAAUUGACUGGAAUGUUACUUAACUUGGGUCCAACUUAUUGGGAAAGAAUGAUUCACUCGGAGGAGUAUUUACACCAAAGGAUUAAUGAGUGCAUUCAGCUUCUAGAAAAGAAGGAGAAGGAGGAGCAAGCCGCCCGCUCUGCUCAGUCGGAAGUUAAGAAAACUGAUCGUUCUUAG